AUGGGAGUGUUGUGCAAUGGGAAAGCUUCCACCAAAAGGAUCAUCAAUAAUGAUCUAAGAUGCCAAGUGACUGCUUGGAAUCUUUACUCUCCUCCACUCAUCAUCAACUACAUUGCCUUUGAUGAACUGAGAGGAAGCUUGAGAAGAGAUAUUUCUGGGUCUUUUGUGUCUAGGAUGAAUCCUUUGAACAAACUCUCCUGUGGUUGUCAACCUCUAGGUUAUCCAUCCAACAGCUUCAGACCCUUGCACUAUGUGUCUCAUAGUUUUCACAGUUUCCUACAUGCAAGGCAAUUUCAAACAGUUUGCUCUUCUUUUGGGGGUUGGAAAUCUCCAUUUUUUAGAAGAUUGUGCUGA